CUGCGAAUUCGAAAAAGGUUUACGUAGUAAUCGCAACGCGCCGUGCGGACGACCACACUAGGCCUGUAACCAGGAUUUUUGUGUGAACAGGGCUAGAAGAUUAAGAAAAGGUGCUUUAUUCACACCUGCUCCUGCAGCUAUUACUUCCUUGGACGCGGAUUCCUCGCGAUAAAGGGUUGCCGAAAGUAAGCGUAGUUUCAACUUUCAAGCAUGGGCCACAUAUCACAGCUUCUGACAAGCUGGUUGUCUCCGAAUGACGACCAAUUCGUUUUUUCUGCAAAAUCAGCGUCCUUACCGGGACCAGCACCCCGAAGUAGAAACCCCGGCGGGUGUCCUCGCCGAACGCAACACCAUGCAGCGAGAGGAACGAGUUUUCUCAUAAGUAGCGGAAAGGAGGCGAGAAAGUCGGCGGCGGCGUUGAUUCCGGAGUACGACCAGGUCGGGAUGUGGAACCAGGCUUUCCGGACGCGAGACCCCGCUUUUUCCAUCAACCAUCCCUGGAACCAGAACGGUAAGGGCGGACCGAUGGGCAGCUUGUUACUUGCGGACGCCUCGCACCCCUUCGGGGGCCCGGUGAACGCGAGUGACCAGCAGGUGGUCUGGAAUUCCGUGCAGCCGCGGGACUACAACGGCAUCGACACAACCAAUUACCUGCUGGAAUCCGGUCGGCACUGGUACGCGGGGGCGGAGCCCAGGACGCCCGAAGUUAUUUACAACGAACUGAUACUACCCAGAAACAUUGACCGGAGGCAGGUCUACGCUGAUACGGUCGAACGGUUGAAACCAGUGAAGGCAGAAAUGCGGAUGACUUGAACGGAUUAUCUUCGAGGCAGUUGAGCACUAUGUUGUAGGGAAAGAAAGACAACCUGCUAUAGCUAUUGUUUUUGUCCGGCUGUGCGCUGGCACUCCGAGAGCUGUCGCUUCGACAAAAACAAGCGAAGAGGAUGAUGCGCACGUUGUUCCGCGUUGGCGCACGUUGUAAAGAAUUUGAAGCAAUAUUUCGCAACUGUAAUCAAUGUCGGUGAUGUGAAUAUGUUCGAUGAUCAAGAGAAAAAUCUGAAAUGUGGACCAAGAGGAUUUUUUAGGGCCUUGAACCUUUGACGCCAAGCCCUGGCACGAAC